GUGAAUGGGGGACCGGGACCCGGAUUACGGAGAGUUUACCGCGCGGACACACAGCCGGACCCGGGACCGGAACACACAUUACAGCACGGCGUAGGUUCUUCAGUAUGCCUCACUGACCCUCCUCCAGUUUAAUGAUGAAUCAGGAAUGACCUCUCGCCUCUUCAGUUAUGGAGCUGCUGAUUACAGCCGGCCUGCUGUCCAUCACUGCUGUAGCCACGCCCUUUCCCAAAGACCUGCAGCCAAUCAGCACAGCUGGACCUGAAGAUUCGCGGUUGUUUCCCAGUUUUCAGGGUUUGGUGUCGGAUAACGAUACGCAGCGUUUGGGACUGGACUACCAGCGCAUGAUCCGAAUCAACCGCAUGCUCUACAUCGCAGCCAGGGAUCAUGUAUUUGCUGUUAACCUCUCGGCUUCAGUAAACCAGGUCAUCCCUCAGCAGAGACUGAUCUGGAGAUCUAAGGAUGUGGGGAAAUGCACCGUCAGGGGUAAAAACACCGAUGAAUGUUACAACUACAUUAAAGUUUUGGUUCAGAGAAACGACGAGACUCUCUUCACCUGCGGGACAAACGCUUUCAACCCCACCUGCAGAAACUACAGGCUGUCGUCUCUGGAGCAGGUGGGGGCGGAGCUUGUGGGACAGGCUCGCUGUCCGUUUGAGUCGCACCAGGCCAACGUGGGAAUAUUCGCAAGUGGUCAUUUCUACUCGGCUACGAUGUCUGAUUUCCAGGCGAGUGAUGCUGUGAUUUACAGGAGUUUAGGAGGAGAGGGGAGUCCUGUGUUACGCUCCGUUAAAUACGACUCCAAAUGGCUCAGAGAGCCUCGUUUUCUGCACGCGAUUGAGUACAGCAGCUACGUUUACUUCUUCUUCAGUGAGAUUGCUGUGGAGUACACAACCCUCGGGAAGGUAGUGUACUCUCGCGUAGCGCGAGUGUGUAAGAACGACAGUGGUGGAUCAGCUCGAGUGUUGGAGCGGUACUGGACGUCGUUUCUGAAAGCUCGGCUGAACUGUUCCAUUCCGGGAGAUUCCUUCUUCUACUUCGACGUUUUACAAUCAGUCAGCGGCAUCAUACAGAUCAACCAGCGCCCCGCAGUGGUGGGAGUGUUCACUACACAGAUGAACAGUAUUCCGGGUUCUGCAGUGUGCGGGUUCUACCUGGAUGAGAUGGAGCGAGUGUUUCAGGGCAGAUUUAAGGAACAGAAAGGAACAGAUUCAGCCUGGAGUUCAGUUCCAGAGGAGCAGGUCCCAAAACCACGUCCCGGCUCCUGUGCAGGUGAGGGUUCAGCGUCAGCGUUCUCUUCUUCUGCUCUGUUUCCCGACUCCAUGCUCUCCUUCAUCAAAGCUCAUCCACUGAUGGACGAAUCGGUUUCCUCCAUCAACAACCAGCCGUUUCUCACGCAGACCACCAGCAGCUAUAAGUUAUCUCAGAUAGUCGUGGACACGGUUGCUGGACCGAAUAGAAACCGUACGGUGAUGUUCCUGGGUUCUGAAGACGGACAUGUUCAGAAGAUCCUGAUGAAUUCUGACCCAAACCUUUCCUACAGCACCACCAUGCUGGAGGAUAUUCACGUAUAUAACCCCAAAACGUGUAAAGGAGAUCGGAGGGUUCUGGGUUUAGAGCUGGAUAAGGAACAUCACGCUCUGUUCGUAGCUUUUUCCAGCUGCAUCAUCAGAGUUCCUCUCAGCCGCUGCACUAAACACCGAAACUGCAGGAGUCGCUGUCUCUCCUCCCGCGACCCAUACUGCAUCUGGCUGAAAACAGGAAGUUGUGCGGACCUGUUACCAGGAUUUAAAGCAGGAUUUGAGCAGGAUAUCGACGGUAAACAAACACCAUCCCUGGACUCCUGUAACGAUUUAAUUUCAGAGGCAGGAAAUCAUAACUCAGAAACUGAUUCAACACUUGGUGUGUCGAACAUGUCGGGUGUCUCGGCAUCUGAGAGCUCAGGUGUUCACUACACGCUGCUGAUGGCGUGUGUGCUGGUGGCGUUUGUUUGCGGCGCGUUUCUCUCGGCACUGAUGGUUUCCUGUUACUGCGGCCAGACGGCGGCGUCGGACCCGCAGACCAAACUCAGCCUGGCCAAACUCAGCGACCUGCUGGAGCCGCGAGCCCCCGGAGCCUCCCAGCAGAUCUACUGCUCCUUCCUGUCCAAACCCUCGCAACAGGAAGUGCCCGGCUCCACCGCGGCGCCCCCUAGAGGAGACCAGGACACGCAGCAACGGUCCACCGUGCCUACGCCCGAGACUACCCCACAACUAACCAACAACAAACACCAUCAAAACCAGACCUGCAGCAACAACGUUCCAACCCAGCAGGUCUUCCCUUUCACUCAGAACAUCAGUGAUACCCAAUCAGGAGCUGAACUGUCUCUUUCCAACAACCAAUCAGCUUCCCCGUUCAUGUCCCUGUCACGUUCGAUCCAUUUCCAGUCUCCAGUCGAUUGGCAAAAUCAAGGUACAAUGGCGGUUGCAGAUAUGGACAAGUAUCUCCAACACUUGCAUCAGGAGAUUACCAGCUGCAAAUCCACGGAAGGAGACGGAAUAGCCGCUGUGUCCUCAGUGUCCCCAACGCUACCAGAAGCUACCGUCCCCACGUGCUGUUCGGUCCCUUCUUUUUACAGUUCUUACGGUUCAUCAUCAACAAUUCUUCCGCAAGACCACGAACCUCCGGUAAAGUCUGAACCAUUACAACCGGUGGAACCUGUAGAACCAGUAGAAUCAGCGCGUCCGGAGAGCCUCGGACGGCGUCCCUCUCAGCGGCUAAAGCUAAUAAAACUUGGCACCGGCUGUGCUGCCGUGUCCCGCCAGCACAGCUACAACCAGCGGAGGGCGCUGCAGCACAGGCUGGUGCACAUCAGCCCCGACAGGAACGCCGCCAGUACCAAAGCAGACCAGCUGGGCCACGGUAACGGGACUGAUGCCACGGACUGCAGACUGCUGCUUCCCGGCGGUUCGUGUCUCACGCGGCAACACAGCUACAGCGAGCAGCCGCACACGCAACUGCACACGCAGCGCGCCGCCAUCAUACGCCGAACAGCUUCCCUCAAACCACACUCACCCCAGACCAGCCCACCCAGAGUGUUCCCGCCCCCUACCGUCCCCACGGGAACACGCGACACCACCGACUACUGACUCUACUAAUGAUAUAUAUAUAUAUAUACAGCUCUGUAAAAAAU